ACAGCAGCAGCAGCAGCAGCAGCAGCAGCACCCUGGUGGUGGCAGUGGGCGUCGGCUUCGUCACCCAUCGCGCAAGAAGAGGAAAAGCAGCACUGGCAGCAGCACGAGGGGGAUACACCCGCUGUCAAAGUGCACGACCACUGCUUCAACGCCACCGGUAACACAGCCAACACCAGCACAAACGAUGAUGACACCAGCAGCAACAACGACGUCAGCAGCAACGCCAACAGCAACAACAGCAGCAGCAACAACAGCAACAACAACAGCAGCAGCAGCAGCAAGCGGUGUUGCAGUACAGGCAAGCAAAGCACCGAAGAUGAACGACUAUGCUCGUUUGCAGAGCACACAGCCAUCGCCGUCGUCAGCGGUGGCGCUGGCGAACGCUGAGGCGAUGCUGGAGUUGGCGGACGCACCUGCCACUCCACAGCAGCAGCAACAGCGGUUGCAACAACAAGAGCAACAGAAGCAGGCGCAAGCUUCCAUAGCGCCUGCUGUUCAAGCAGUGCCCCACCAAACCACAUCCUCUUCAUCCUCAUCCUCUUCUUCUUCAUCUUCAUCAUCAGCCUCCUCGUCUCCCGAGACACAAGCGUCUGGUCCAUUGGCCACCACGAUGUCAGUACUGCAUUUCAACGGCACCACUACCACCACCACCACCACCAACACCACUCAUGGCACCAGCACCAGCACCAGCACCAGCGGCAGUCGUGCGGAUGCUGUAUCACGUGUCCGGGCCAAUGGCGGCAGCACAACAGGAAGGAGCAACGGUCGCGUUGCGAGCGGAACGAGCACCAACAACAUCAACAUCAACACACACGUGGCCACCAACAACAGGAUCAACAGCGGUGUGCGCGGCGCCGCAAGUGGUGCCCCUGUUCCCACCACACCAAUGACGACUGCUGCGAACCAAGGGCCGAGCGGGCUGGAGCUUGCACGCGCGGUGGUGGCGACCAAGGUGCUGCACGGGGCGGGCUUGUCCAAUCUGGUGCCAGCCAACACCAGCACCAGCACGAGUGGUGGCAGGCGUUGACGUGUGGACGAGAACAGGGAGCGGUGUUGUAGCAGAUGGUUUUGCAUUGUGCUGCUCAUGUGGAGUUCCAGUGCGUGAGUAGAUAUGUCACGCGAUGCGAUGUGAUGCGAUGUGAUGUGAUGUGAUGUGAUGUGAUGCGAACAGACGGUGGUCGUGAACGCACAUGCGUGCGUGUGCGUGUGUGUGUGCGUUCAUGUGUGUGUGCGUUCGUGUGUGUUUACAUAGUUCGUUAGCAAGUGUGCCUAAUCCUUGUUCCCUCCAGCCUGGGUUUGUUGGUCUGUGAUGACCCCCUUGUCCACCCUACUGUUCGUGUGCUCGUUGUCUUGCCUUCUUGCUUGCUCCGUUAUGUUACCUUGCCAGCACAGAGAGUGUGCCCCUUUGUUACCGACCACAACUUGCCUUGGUCUCAACUGUUACAAUGA